CUCCAGCGAAGCGAGGAAGGAAGGCGAAGGCACCGAGGCAACUUAGUGUAUAACCCCCUGUCGCUUUAACACCACCUAACCUGGCUGCACCCCGACCCGGACUCUCGGCUUAAGUGAAUCACAGCGGCGGAGAGGUGCGAGGACAAAGGAGUGGAGAGAGGCGGUAUCUCUAACCAACGCCCCCGAAACUACGGCAAGCAGCGAAGUCCGAAAUUAACACAGGGCCCCAGUAUGGCGCAGCGCGGACCGUCGGGUCACGGCGAGAUGGACCGCCGCCGGCGCGCGAGCUCCAACUACUUCGAGCUGGACGCCGACCGGCGCCGCAACAAGUCGGAGCGCAGCGAGCGCUUCAGCAAGCGCCUGGACACGAUGGACGUGAUGCCCGCAAGCUUCAAGGGCGCGACGCUGGACGACGAGGCGGCCGUGGACUACUGCUGCGAGUUCCUCAAGGCUAAAUUCGGCUUCCAGGAGGGGUCGGUCAGCAACCAGCGCGAGCACGUGCUACUGCUUUUGGCAAACGGCAAGGCGCGGUGUCUGCCCAGCGACCCGGCGGACCAGCACCUGGUGCAACUCGCCAACAAACUGUUCAGCAACUACCGUUCGUGGUGCAAAUUUAUCCACACGAACCCGGUGACGUAUACGGGAAAUGGCAUCCCGAACUCUACAGGUUCCGGCAAUUUGCACAUGGACGUGAUGCUCUACUUCCUGAUUUGGGGAGAGGCCGCCAAUAUCCGGCACAUGCCGGAAUGCGUGUGCUACCUGUUCCACCAAAUGCUGACCAUGGUGAACGCCGACCCGCAGGGCCACGAGCAGCAGCGCGAGGGCUGGUACCUGGACCAAGUGGUGCGCCCCAUUUGGCGCGAGGCCAGCAACAUGAAGCGCCGCAACGCGCUCAACAAGCCGCUGGAGCACGUCAAGAUCCGCAACUACGACGACAUCAACGAAUACUUCUGGAAGCAGCACUGCCUGAGCAUCCCCGUGUCGCAGGUGGGCCAGGAGCUCACGCAGAACCACGGCAAGACGUUCUACGAGCACCGCAGCCUCUUCACAAUGGUGCUCAACUACUACCGCAUCUUCCAGUUCAACAUCAUGUUUUUGGUGCUGCUUACGGUUCUGGCAUUCGCCGUGACGAUUUCUCCGGAUGGAGGCAAGAGCGGCUGGGUGCAGUUCGGCCGCAUCGGAGACGUCGUGGAGCCCUACACGACCCGGGACUUGAAGAUCGCCGUGGUCGGCAUCCCCUUCAGUCUCAGUCUGAUGGCGUUCCUCAAGUGUGUGCUGGAGGUGUGUCACGGAUGGCACUUGCUGAUCUCCAAGGAGAGCUCGGCGACGAGUUCCAGGUCGUUCACGUACGGGUCGGCCCUGGCGACUCGUAUCAUCUGGAACGGAGGCUUUGCCGUGCUCUUUGGCAUCAUGAUCUACGUGCCGAUGAACGAGGACAAGGAUACUACGCUUUUGGACAAUUUGUACCCGCUCUGCGGCGCGUACAUCCUGCCGGGGCUGUUGGUGCUGCUGACGCAGGCGUUUGCCCCCCAGAUGAUCAACGGAACGUUUGCGGCCAAGUUUGUGCGUGAGGGCGAGAGCUGCUACGUCGGUCAGGACAUGACGCCCCCGUUCUCGUACCAGGUCAAGUACAUUAUCUUCUGGAUCUUGCUGUGGAUCCUGAAGGCCAUCACGUCGUACUUUAUCCUGGUGCGUCCGCUGAUGCUGCCGACGCUGAGCAUUUACGCCAUGAAGCUGGACUACCAGAACUCGCUGGUGUCGUUCCACAACAUUGGUAUCAUUAUUGCUCUGUGGCUGCCUGUGGUGUUCAUCUUCAACUACGCCACGCAGAUCUACUUCACGAUCUUCCAGGCGUUGCUCGGCGGAUUCCAGGGCAUUCUCAUGAAGACGGGCGAGAUCCGCGGCGCCAAGGAGAUGACCAAGGCCUUCCGCGUCGCCCCGCAGUUGUUCGACCAGAAGGUGGUGACGCUUCUCGCUCGCUCUAGUGAUGCGACGGCUAGCGGCACGGACUCCACGCGCGCCAGCGCCAUUGCUGCCGCCUACGAAUCGCAAAUGAUGCUGCGCUUCGUCGUGGUCUGGAAUGAGAUCGUCAACUCAUUCCGCGAGGGUGAUCUGCUGGACGACAAGGAGGCGGCUAUUCUCCAGUACGACAUCCGCAGCACCGGCGAGGUGUUCGAGCCUGUAUUCCUGUCAGCCGGCAAGCUGACGGAGGCCAUGAACCUCGCGAUCAAGAUGGCCAAGGACGGAAAGGGCGAGUCGCAGCUGCGCGUGGCGCUCGUAGAAAACGACUGCCUCUCGGCUAUCCGCUCGUUCUUCACGGCCAGCAUGUAUGUCGUGGGCGCUCUGUUCGGCAACGACGACGCCGAUGUGAUCGACGGCUUCCGUCAGAUCGAGGAGAUCGCCGCGAGCGGUGGUUUCCUGAAGUCGUUCAACGUGCGUGAGCUGGCCAGCCUUCGCGUGGCCGCCGUGGACCUGCUCGAAGAGAUCCUGGACCUGCCGGACCCGGACGCUCAGUCUCAGCACAUCCCCGACGCGCGCGUGCACUCGAUGGGCGUGAUUCGCAACUUCGUGUCCAAGAUGGAGGCGUUCCUCAACGGCGUGCAGUCGUUCUGCGUGGACCCUGCUCUUCAGCGCAGAUUCGGCAACUCCAAGUUCUGCUCCAGCGCCAACGGAUACAUGUACGCGUCGCGCGGACUGGUGAACCUGUUCUGCAGUGACACGGCUAUGGGCGCCGCUACGCGUGCGUGUCUGCUGCUGUCCCUGGACCGAUCGGAGGCCAUGCCUCGCACGACCGAGGCCCAGCGUCGUCUCGGUUUCUUCAUGAAGUCGCUUGUCAUGGACAUCCCGCAGCUGCGUUCCAUCAAGGAGAUGCGCAGUUUCUCGGUCGUGACUCCGUUCUACGCCGAGACCGUGCUGUUCUCGCUUGAGGACCUGAACAACCCGCUCGUGAACCACCCGAUCUUCCAGCAGGUCGAGGAGGACGGCAAGAACCUGACGAUCCUCAAGUACCUGACGAAGAUUCACCAGGAGGAAUGGGACAACUUCCUCGAGCGCGUUGACGUGAGCUCGGCGGAGGAGGCCCAGAAGAACCACCCCGAGGAGAUCCGUCUGUGGGCGUCGUACCGUGGUCAGACCCUGGCGCGUACCGUGCAGGGCAUGAUGAUGUACGAGGAUGCGAUCAAGAUUCUGCACUGGCUGGAGAUCGGCUCGAGCCCCGGCAAGUCUGCGGAGCAGAAGCAGUCGCAGCUGCAGGACAUGGUUCGUCUGAAAUUCUCGUACAUUUGCGCCUGUCAGGUGUACGGCAAGCACCGCGCGGAGGGCAAGGCGCAGGCUGCGGACAUUGACUACCUGCUGCGCGAGUAUCCGAACCUGCGUGUGGCGUACGUUGACACGGUGGUGCACGAGGAUGGCGAGAAGUCGUUCGACACUGUGCUGAUUAAGAGUGAGAACGACGAUAUUGUGGAAGUGUACCGUUACUCUCUGCCUGGCGACCCGAUCCUCGGUGAAGGUAAGCCCGAGAACCAGAACAACGCCAUCCCCUUCACGCGCGGCGAGUUCGUCCAGACGAUCGAUAUGAACCAGCAGCACUACUUUGAGGAGUGUCUGAAGAUGCCGCAGCUUCUGUGCACGGCCGACCUGCACCCGUCGAAGAAGCCCGUGUCGAUCAUCGGUAUGCGUGAGCACAUUUUCACGGGUAACGCCAGUUCUCUCGCCAAGUUCAAGACGUGGCAGGAACUGGUGUUCGUGACGCUGUCGCAGCGUGUCCUGGCCGAGCCGCUGUACGUGCGUAUGCACUACGGUCACCCGGAUGUGUUCGACAAGGUGCUGGCGAUCACGCGCGGUGGUGUGUCGAAGGCCAGUAAGGGCAUCAACCUGUCGGAGGAUGUGUUCGCUGGUUUCAAUACGACGCUGCGCGGCGGCGUCGUGACCCACGUGGAGUUCAUGCAGUGUGGUAAGGGUCGUGAUGUGGCUCUGUCGCAGAUCUCGAUGUUUGAGGGCAAGCUGGCCAACGGUGCCGGUGAGACUUCGCUGGCUCGUGAGGCGCAUCGCAUGGGCCAGUUCAUGGAUUUCUUCCGUCUGAACUCGAUGUACUACUCGCACACGGGCUUCUACUACGCGACGUGGAUGACGAUUGUCACGACGUUCGUGUACAUGUACUGCAAGGUCUACAUCGCCCUGUCCGGCGUGCAGACGCAGAUUGUGUACAACAUGAACACGACGGAGAUCAUCAUGGACAACUCGGAGACCUACGGCUUCGACGACCGCGUGUACCACGACAUGGACUCGGUGUACAACACGCAGUAUUACAUCCAGGCUGGUCUGUUCCUGUCGCUGCCGCUGAUUUGUGUGUACUUCGCUGAAAUGGGUCUGCGUCGCGGUCUGGUGCAGUUCUUGGAGAUGGUGUUCACGGCUGGCCCAGCGUUCUUCAUCUUCCAGCUGGGUACGACCAUGCACUUUUUCGACAACAACCUUCUGCACGGUGAGGCUCAGUACAAGGCUACGGGUCGUGGCUUCAAGAUCACUCGUGAGACGUUCGUGCUGCUGUACAAGGCUUACGCCCUGAGUCACUACCGCAAGGCCAUGGAGCUCAUCGGUCUGUGUUUGGUGUACCUGACGUUCGGCAAGUUCGACAUCUGUGACACCUCUGUUGCUGGUGAGGAGAACUCGUUCGCGUUUGACUACUGUGAGACGUCGCAGAGCUUUGGUGUGCAGACGUUCGCUAUUUGGGUUAUUGCUAUCGUGUGGCUGGUGUCUCCAUACAUUUUCAACACGGACGGACUUGACUGGGAGAAGACCAAGGCCGAUGUGACGGCCUGGGCCAAGUGGAUGUACGCCGCUGAGGACUACAAGGACGAGGACAAGGUCAUGGUCGGUGGAUGGAUCGCGUGGUGGAAGGGCGAGCUCAGCUUGUACCAUAACACGAAGCCCGUCGCCCGAUUCACGGUCAUUCUGCGUGAAGCUCGCCACUUCCUGCUCAUGUGGUACGUGGUGGCGCUCGAGUGGGAAAUCCUCUCGGUUGGCCUGGUGUUCGGUGCUGCUGUGGUCACGGUGCUCGCUAUGGGCCUCUUCGGUGCCGCGGGCAGCUGCUUCCGCAACGUGAACUCAUCGAUCCGUGCUGUCAUGUACCUGUUCGUGGUACUGGUGGCCCUUAUUGUGUUCUUUGUGGCCACUAUCGUGAUCUCGGACGUCAGCUUCACCCGUACCCUCUCGCUGUUCUUCGGCUACAUGGCGGCUCUGUACGGCAUCAACGAGAUGGCUCGCAUGUACAGCUUUGCCAACUCGUCGAUCGCGUCCGUGGGCAUGUUCCAGCAGCUGGCCUUCUUCUUCGACUUCAUCUUCUCGGUGGCUAUGAUCGUGCCGCUCCUCGUGAUGUCUGCGAUCCCGUUCCUGAACAUUAUUCAGACGCGUAUGAUGUACAACAAGGGCUUCUCGGAAGUCGUGUCGGCCUCGUCUCAGUACGCCUUCUCGCUCGCGGCCUUCAUGGGCAUGUUGGGCGGUAUUGGCUGCGGCUGGCUGUUCCACCUCUUCACUACGAUUGAGAGCACUGCUGGCUUCCUGAGUUACGUCACGACCUACGACCUGCUCGACGGCAAGGUCGGCGACGGCGCGGUUACCUACGCGUUCUACUUCGCCUGCAUCGUGGGCGUGUUCGUGUCUGGCUUCCUGAGCUACUUCAUCGGCCGUCGUCUUUCUAUCGUCUUCGGUGGCCUGCUGACUGUCCUGGGUAUGCUCGGCGUGAGUGCUGUCCAGAGCGGCGGUGAAGGCUUCCUGAUGCCUGGUAUUUGUCUGCUCGGUGGCUCUGUCGGUGUGCUUCUGCCUACGCUGGCCGUGUACAUCUACGAGAUCUCCACUCGUGACAUGCGCGGCAAGGCCCUGCUGCUUCUUGGCAGUGGCUUCAUUCUUGGCGUCCUGUUCGCCUCGUGGUUCUCUUCGUCGUCGAACGAGGUUGGCUGGGUGUGGCAGGUGUUCAUCGCGACCAUCAUCCUGUCGAUCAUGACUCCGGCGGUGUACAUCUUCCCGGAGAGCCCGUACUGGGUGUACAUGCGCGAGGGUCUGGAAUCGUGCGAGCGUUGUCUGGCUGUGCUGCGUCGAAAGGAGGGCGUGUCGGAGGAGCUGCGCAUGAUCCGCGACGAAGAGGCUGGCAGUGACGACUCGAGCGCCAACGGCGGCACUUCGUUCCUCAAGUUCGUGAUGGGUCUGUUCCUGAUGCUGGUCUCGGGUAUCUUCCUGGGCUGCGUCAACAUGUACCUGUCGGACACGUUCCGCAGCAUCGAGGACGCGACCUACAUGUUCGUGAACUGCACGGGUCUGCAGUUCCUGGGCGCGCUCUUCUCGUUCUUCUUCAUGGACCGCAUCGACCACAAGCGCAUCCUGUUCUGCACGCUGCUGCCGAUGGCCGGUCUGGUGUUCGUGCUCGGCCUGAACAACAAGUCGGAGUUCGUGACGGGCGACAGCGAAUACCUGAUGCUGCAGAUCGUGGGUCUGCUGCUCUACUUCUUCGCCGGCCUGGGCAUCACGUCGGUGCCCUGGGUGUCGUGCGUCGGUCUGUUCACCACUAAGCAGCGCGCGGUGUACGUGACCGUCUACUUCAUGGUCUUCUUCCUGCUGCCCGUGUGCUCGACGUACAUCCGCUCGAACGACUCGAUGAGCGGCGACGAGUACUUCUACCUCUUCGCCCUGACCGGCUGCUGCGUGGUGGCGAUGGGCCUGCUGUUCACAGUGGGCACGCUUAAGAACGGCAUGGUGUGCACCAAGGGCGAGAUGGAGGCGGAGCGCGCGCGCCUGCGCCGCAUCCGCGCGUCUCGGCGCAGCGCCCGCACGCCUGGCAGCGCGCGCUCAAGAAACUUCAGCCGCUCGCGCGCCAAGUCGCACUCGAACUAUCAGAUGUACGAGUCGCCCGCUGGCAGCGCACCGUAGAGCGGCUAGGCCGUGGCAAGAUGACGGAUUGUACUCUAGUCGAGCAGGAGCGCGCUCGCUGGCUGGCAAGACAGGCACGCAGGCGUCUCUUGUUUUACUUUGCAUCUUGCCUUCUUCAUGAUAUCGUUAAUACGAGAAAAAGUUUUACA